AUGGGCCACAGACAUUCGCAACUCGAAGCGACACCCGUCAAGAACCGGAGAUUGUCCUCGAGAGGUCUUGGGAGGGAGAAAGGGCCUGUGAAACCUGCGUCUGCUGCAUCUAGUGAUUUGUGGUCUCCUCCAUCAUAUGAUUCACAUUUUGCGCCUAGGCCCCCAGUACUAGCGCCUGACGAUUCCGCCUACGCAUUCCUGGGAGAAUUCGACACCAUAUUCGUCGUGGAUGACAGUAGUAGUAUGACUGGUCGUCGGUGGAAGGAGGCAGAGGAUGCCAUUGCGGCCAUCGCUCCCGUCUGUACACGUUAUGACCAGGAUGGUAUUGAUAUCUACUUUCUGAAUCAUCGGCGGGAAGCUACGAGGGCAACUACCGGGGCGUACAUGAACAUCACGACUGCAGACGAUGUGCGGGAGAUUUUCAACAGUGUUCAUCCACGAGGACCAACUCCCUUCGGGAAACGACUCCAUGAUAUCCUGACCUUGUAUCUACGGCGUGUGGACAUGAUGGAGGCGACAGGAAUUGGAGGUUGUUCGAUGGACCCGUUUCAGGUGGUGAAACCGUUGAAUAUUAUCGCCAUCACUGACGGAGCGUUCACGGACGAUGCAGAGAGUGUCAUCGUGGAUGUCGCCCGAAGGUUGGAUGACUGUCGGGCUGCGCCAUGGCAGGUGGGCAUUCAGUUCUUUCAAAUCGGUGAUGACGCGCAGGCACAGUCAUAUCUGCAGGCGCUGGACGAUGAAUUGGGUAGAUUGACGCGCCAUGAUCACCUUCGUGACAUUGUCGACACAGUGCCAUGGAGAGGCAGGUCCGGCCAGACCCUGAGUGCGGAGGGGAUUUUGAAAUGCGUCCUUGGUGCCGUGAAUCGAAAGUAUGACAAAUGUGAUCAGUUUCGCUGA